AUGGGUUCCGUGGUCCUGCAGCUGUGCACUCUCCCCUGCCUGCUGCUUCACGCCGUUUCUGGCAACCCUAUCAUGAGUCUGGAGCAGUCGCCCCUGGAAGAAGACAUGCCCCUCUUCGAUGAUGUCUUCUCAGAGCAAGAUGGUGUAGACUUCAACACACUGCUACAGAGCAUGAAGAAUGAGUUUCUCAAGACAUUGAACCUGUCUGACAUCCCCAUGCGGGACUCGGCCAAGGUUGACCCACCAGAGUACAUGCUGGAGCUCUACAACAAAUUCGCGACAGAUCGCACCUCCAUGCCAUCCGCCAACAUCAUCAGGAGUUUCAAGAAUGAGGAUCUGUUUUCCCAACCAGCCAGUUUUAACGGACUCCGAAAAUACCCUCUCCUCUUCAAUGUAUCCAUCCCUCACCAUGAAGACAUCAUCAUGGCUGAGCUCAGGUUGUACACCCUGGUGCAAAGAGACCGCCUUAUAUAUGAAGGAGUGGACCGGAAAAUCACCAUUUUUGAAGUACUUGAGAGCAAAGAGGACCAUGAAGGGGAAAGAAGCAUGCUGGUCUUAGUGUCAGGGGAGAUCUAUGGAACCAACAGUGAGUGGGAGACUUUUGAUGUCACUGAUGCCAUCAGGCAUUGGCAAAAGUCAGGCUCAUCCACCCACCAGCUGGAGGUCCACAUUGAGAGCAAACACGAAACAGAGGACACACUUGGCAGGGGACAACUGGAAAUAGAUACUAGUGCCCGGAAUAAGCAUGAUCCUUUGCUUGUCGUGUUUUCUGAUGACCAAAGCAGUGAGAAGGAGCGGAAAGAGGAACUGGAUGAAAUGAUCGCUCAUGAGCAAUUCCCAGAGAUGGACAACCUGGAUUUGGACGGUUAUUCCAACGGACCAGGGGAAGAGGCUUUGCUGCAGAUGAGGUCAAAUAUCAUCUAUGACUCCACUGCCCGCAUCAGAAGGAAUGCAAAAGGAAACUACUGCAAGAGGACCCCGCUCUACAUCGACUUCAAGGAGAUUGGCUGGGACUCUUGGAUCAUCGCUCCACCUGGAUAUGAAGCCUAUGAAUGUCGUGGUGUUUGCAACUACCCCCUGGCAGAGCAUCUCACCCCUACAAAGCAUGCGAUUAUCCAGGCCUUGGUCCACCUCAAGAAUUCCCAGAAGGCUUCCAAAGCCUGCUGUGUGCCCACCAAGCUCGAGCCCAUCUCCAUCCUCUAUUUAGAUAAGGGCGUCGUUACCUACAAGUUUAAAUACGAGGGCAUGGCUGUCUCUGAAUGUGGCUGUAGAUAG